CGGGUUCCCUGCGGGGGGCCUGGCUCCGGAAGAGGAGAAGUGGAGGGACUGACGGAUGGACAGGUGGAUGGGCGGAGCCCUGGCUGCGGGGAUGGCGGUUCCAGGCCCUGGGUCUUAAUCCGUCCGCUCCUCAGGUCUGCAACCGCCGCCACCGCCCCCCCUGCCGCUCCGGCUGGGGAGGGAGGCCCCCCUGCGCCCCCUCCAAACCUCACCAGUAAUCGGAGACUGCAGCAGACCCAGGCCCAGGUGGAUGAGGUGGUGGACAUCAUGAGGGUGAACGUGGACAAGGUCCUGGAAAGGGACCAGAAGCUAUCGGAGCUGGACGACCGUGCGGAUGCACUCCAGGCCGGGGCCUCCCAGUUCGAAACAAGUGCAGCCAAGCUCAAGCGCAAAUACUGGUGGAAAAACCUCAAGAUGAUGAUCAUCUUGGGAGUGAUUUGCGCCAUCAUCCUCAUCAUCAUCAUCGGUGAGUGGCCAGGGCCCUUUCUCUGGAGAGGUAGCCCCUGUAGGUUCUGGGUUUCGAAGGUCAUUAACCUAGUUUUCCCUCAUCAGCAAAAAGUAUAUAUAGCUGCUAGUGACGGUUUUGAUACAUCUAGACGCCAAAGCCUUGACGUGGAGUAGCCUGCCCUUGGCCUGAUCUGGACAAUUUCUGUUAAGGUUUUGGAAACAGGAAAGCUGGUAGGUCCACUGAGGACACUUUGGGUCUCAGAGCCCAGUAUGG